AACAGAGAGAUAAGGCGUAGUAUUUUUAGCUAGCGAAACUUAGUAUUUCACCUAAAAGUAAAUAUAUAAAGAUCUAUAUAUAUACGUAAAAUACAUUAUAGUCGUCCAGUAUAGAGCGUUGUGACGGUGACCGCUGUACCAUGUUACCCCACCCCUGUAGAGGCCUGAGGCUGUACCACAUCCUGUGUUUGUGUGCUGCCGUGUUGUGCGGGGUCCGUGCCGACUUCAGCCUAACCAUCCUACACACCAAUGACGUGCACUCGAGGAUUGAAGAGACAGAUAAAAACAGCGCCCCCUGUUCACAAGUCCUACAGAACGAGGGAAAAUGUUUUGGCGGUGCCGCCAGGAUUCGAACCAUGGUGAAGAGGAAAAGGGCCGAGCAUAACAACACGAUACUUCUGGACGCCGGAGACCAGUUCCAGGGAACUCUGUGGUUCUACCAGUUUGGUGGAAUAGUCAGCGCUCAGUUCAUGAACCUUAUUGGAUACAACGCCAUGGCUGUUGGAAACCAUGAAUUCGACAAAGGUGUGAUGGGAUUAGCUCCCUUCGCCAUGAACUUGACCUUCCCCUUGCUGUCCAGCAACAUGAUCCUGGACAAGACGCCCGAGCUGCAAAAGUUCAUCAAGAAAUCGGCCGUGGUCAUUGUCGGCGGUCAGAGAAUCGGCGUUGUGGGGUACACGACGCUGGAGACCGCCUACAUUUCUAACCCAGGGACUGUAAAGUUUUCCGAUGAGCUGGUCGCCGUACAGAGGGAGAUCGAUGCCCUAGUGGCCAUUGGAGUCAACAAGAUCAUCGCCCUAGGCCACUCUGGGUACGCUAUAGAUCUGGACCUGGCUCAUCGCUUGACCGAUGUGGACAUCAUUGUGGGCGGACACACCAACACUUUCUUAUACAAUGGUACCAGCCCGUCCACGGAGAAGAUUGAGGGGAUGUACCCGACGGUGGUAGAGUCAAUCAGCGGGGGUAGGGUACUUGUCAUACAAGAUUACGCUUAUGGCAAAUAUCUAGGGGAGCUAAAUGUGGUCUUUGAUGACGCCGGGAGAGUCAAAUCAUGGACGGGAAAUCCAAUUUUGUUGGAUAACUCAGUCCCGAAAGAUAAUGAGACAGCCGCGUUGGUGGAUAGCUAUCUGCCACAGAUCGACCAGAUAAAGAAGAAUGUCGUUGGUCAGACCUACGUCAGCUUGUUAGCUGAUAGGAUUGUCUGCAGAACAACCGAGUGCAACUUGGGUAACCUGGUGACCGACGCCAUUGUCUACCACAACCUACGUAAGACCAACACCAGCUGGAGCGACGCGGGGAUGGCCGUGGUGAAUGCGGGGAGUUUUAGGGCAUCAAUCAACAUAGGCAACAUCACCACAGAGAACGUCAUCUUUGUCCAGCCAUUCCGUAACGAGGUGGACAUCAUAGAAAUACUGGGUCAGACCCUGGUGGACAUGUUCGAGUUUUGUGCUGAGAAAUGGACCAAGAGGGCGGACGACGCUUUCGGUGGUUUUCUGCAAGUUUCAGGCAUACAGGUGACCUAUGACCUGAGCCGCCCCGUGGGCCAGAGAGUGCACGAGGUCCUGGUCGUGUGCACCGAGUGCACCAUCCCUAAGCUGGAGCCGCUGGAGGUCAACAAGAAAUACAAGUUGCUGACCAGCAGUUACAUCAUCAACGGUGGGGACGGCUACAGUAUGCUGCCUGGUAAAAUCUUGAACAGGAUCCCUAUAGGUGACCUAGACACCGACAUAUUCCUCGACUACGUCCAGAAGUUCAGCCCGAUUACCAUCGGCCUCCAGGGCAGGAUCCGCCAUCUUGCUGACGUCAUUGAUGAAACCUACUGCCCGUCCUCCCAUAACGGCGUCUCAGUCCCCAUGUACUCCCUAAGUUUAACUGUCACCGCCUUCCUUACAUCGCUGUUGUAUUCUAUGUUGGUCUGUUGAUGCUAAACUUUAUGACGGUCUUACGGUUAUAAAUAAGCAGCGAUUCUUUCAGGCAUCUCUUCAAGGGGAUAGGGAGGGGGGGAUAUAUAUAAUGUAUGGAAAUUACUUUUACCAUUAAGUCCCCCCCUCCCCCCGGAGCAAAAUGACUGAAAAAAAAACACUAUAAUGAGAGCAAUUAAAUCACUAAUCAGCAAUAUCUAUAAAUUAGAGAAAAGUCUAUGAUGUUGCCCUCUUUCUUAUUUUUAAAAAUUUUAAUAUGCAAUAUGCUUUACGAAUGUUCAACCAAAUUUUAAGUAGCUUGAUUAAAGUAAUUUUAAUAAAAAUGGUUAACACAUUUAGAAACAGAUUUAUUCUUUAAGUAACUCUGUUAUCGGCUUUUCAAGUUAUUCUUUUAAAUCGAAAUCGAUGCGGACUGUCACCAAUCUCUUUCUGACAGAGUAUCGAUCUAUAUCAAACCCGGUGUCUCGAUAAAUACAACCUGGACAUAACCCCCCCACCCCCACCCCCCC